AUGUGUUAUGAUUAUACAGCAGCUGUAAAAUGCCCGGACCUGUCGAAUCCCCCAUACGGCAAUGUGACAUGCGACAGUGGUUCCAAUUUUCGCUAUCCCGAGGCCUGCAACUUCUCCUGCGACCCAGGCUACCAACUGACUCCCACAAGCAGCAGUGUGAGGCACUGUCAGGCUGACGCAACCUGGUCUGGGAACGACGCAGAGUGUAUCGGUGUGAGAUGCCCAGACCUGUCCAGACCCACCAACGGAAGAAUGUCCUGUGACAACGGAUCCUCCUUCCGCCAUCCCGAGACCUGCACCUUCACCUGUAACCAUGGCUACCGGCUGACUACCGGUAGUAACAGCAUCAGUCGGACAUGCCGGGCUGAUGGCACGUGGUCGGGGAGCACUGCCAGAUGUAUAGUUGAGUGUCCGAGUCUUGCCAGCCCCCAGAACGGCGGCAUGACCUGUACCAACCGACUGGAGAACGGCAGGUGCACCUUCACCUGUAACCAUGGUUACCACCUGCAGGGGUCAUCUGAGGUGGUGUGCGGGGCAGACGGGCAGUGGAGAGGCACACCCCCUUCAUGCGCAGCAUGCGACAGCGCAGCGGAUAUCAUCUUCUCGAUCGACGUCUCCGGAAGCGUAUCUGGACAGUUUGACACAGUCCGGAGCUUUAUCUAUGGUGUAGUAAACUACCUAACCAUUGGGGGAAGUCACGCAAGCGUCGGUGUGAUCAAAUUUGCAGGUAGCAAUGCCAAUAGAUGCAUUUCCCUGACGGACUACAACAACAAGAACGAUUUGUUGGCAAGGAUCGGGAGCUUGGACAUGUCCUUGGGCAGCACAGUUGGGUCUGUCGCGGGUUUGUCUGUUAUGCGUACUGAAUUCUCCACUUCCGGACGGCCGGCGGCGAGAAAGAUCGGGAUCGUCCUGACUGACGGCCGAGACACCUCGAGCAGUGAUGACGUCAUAUGGGACGCAGAAACACUCAGAAACGAGGGCACAACGAUCUUUAGCGUAGGAGUUGCUAAUAUCAAGAGGGAAACUCUUGAGAACAUGGCCAGUAGGCCGGUUAACGAGAAUGUGUUCACAGCUGCUUCGUUUGCAAGCCUACAAAGUAUCGUAGACAGCCUCCGACCUAAGAUUUGGUGCGGGCCAUAAAUUUUGAUAAGGUUGUAUUUUUAUCUGCACAAGUUUCCUUUUUGCUGUAAAAAUCAACUUGACUGUACAACAGCGUUGCGUCAUAUGGCCAAAGCAACCAGAAUGUAGUACAGGCCAGGUUGAUCUUUAGCAACUCAUUCUUUGGCAGUGAUAGCCAAAUUUAACAGCAGUGGUGUUCCAAGUUAGCCUCUAGCAGGCUCCACAGGUAAAAUAGAGAAAUUGGCCAAAAAAGACAGAAAACACGCCAGAGGAGUUAGACGGCCGAGGAGUACACUGCACAGUUUGGUCAGGCCGGCCAACACUCCACUGUUUGUAUCUUCUGACAUAAAGAAUACAGAGCUGUGUUGAUUUAACUGCAUUUCCAUUGUAAUGGCAAUGCGUUGUGUUUUAUCAUCACCAUCAUCUUUUAUCAUCAUCCCAACCCGCAUCGCAGAUCGCUUAAUAAUAAUACAGUCUAUUCCAGUCAGUCAUUAAAGUAAAUAAACCUUCAGCGUAACAUACCAAUUUCUAAAUCUGUAUCUGUAUAGCCGGCAUAAACACUAUUCGGCAUAACACACAAAAUUAAAGCUAUCUAAUGAGGAUGCCCCUAAUCUUGAUAGUUCUUGGAAAAACAUCAAUCCUGGGUUGUUAACUCUGCUACUUGAAAGCAUAACUAUUUCUAUCGUGGAUACCAUAUACUGUAUGAUACCAUAGAAUGGUAUUAUAUAUAUGCGCCUAGCGUACUAGUUCGUGUAACGUACGUGAAUAUGCUUUGGUGGCGCAUGCCGCGUAUCAUAUUCCUUGUUAAUGCUGAAAUUUGAUAAAGAACACAUUACAAAUAUCAUGUAUGAUUCUCCUAACACGGGUUGCAACCGAAUUAUAGGUUUCCCUAAUUUAUUAUGUAGAUUAUAUAUCGUUUUGCAUCUUGUGCUUUCAUUAUGUUAAUCACCAUAUAAUUAAGG